AUGCGAUAUGGAGGCUAUCCAAGAGGAGGUUAUGAGGGAUACCCUGCUGGUGGCUAUGGAGGGCGUGGCCGUGGUGGUUAUGGGGGAAAUCCUGGUGGUGGCUACGGAGGACGUGGUGGAUAUCGGGGAUAUCCUGGGGGUGGAUAUGGGGGAUAUGCUGGAGGUGGCUAUGGCCAUGGUGGAUACCCUGCCGAGACAAUUGAGACGAAUGGCGUAGAAGAAGCCAAAUACCGUGGAGGUGGCUAUGGAGGGUACCGCGGAGGAGGAUAUGGAGGUUACCCGCGAGGAGGUUAUGGAGGGUAUCCGGGUGGUGGAUAUGGGGGCUAUCCAGGUGGAGGUUAUAGAGGAUAUCCUGGGGGUAGAUAUGGAGGGUACCCUGGUGGUGGCUAUGGAGGACGUGGUGGUGGUGGGGGAUAUCCUGGGAGUGGAUAUGGAGGGUAUCCUGGUGGUGGCUAUGGAGGACGUGGCGGCGGUGGCCAUGGCGGAUAUCCUGGUGAAGCUGUUGAUGCAGAGACUGAGAACUAA